AGAGACCUUUUCCCGACCCUCCAUCCCUGUAUUGUCUACCCGAUGCCGAGCACAUCAUAGAUACUAGGCGCCCGACCCACGCCACUGGAGAACACCCUGUACUUAACUGCAUCAUGUAUCUCUUUCUAGUCGUUUCUAACGUACCCUCGUUUCUAAUGUUUCGAAAUUUGUUUCUGGCUUUUAUUUGCCGACCUUCUCAUUCCUUGUUUAUGUUUUCCGGGUGGUCGAAUUAAAACAUGAUCUGCAGUGUGGCUCGUAGCAGCUCAUCCUCUUCGAGCUUCAAGCAGUUCGUUCCUGUCGUGGGGGCGUCGCACCUGCACACGGCGUUUGGUCCUCGUGCCUGCCUCCAGCCAGGGAUAGACACGUCGACGACUUCUUGGCCCUUCAAAAAACCGCCACCCAGCGCGUCAUUCGCUUCGAGCAGCAGCAGAAGGAGCUUGUUUCACAGCGAGACUAGUACAACAUCGAUGCGGCCACAAGGAAGAUUGCGUCGCGGGCAACUGCUCGUGAUGCCGAUACGUUCACGUUGUGAGAAUGAUCAUCAUCCAAAGGCCAGCAGGAUUGCAUCAAGCAUCGUUACACAGCCUCCAUCUUCUAUCGUGUCAAAUAACACGACCCGAAUCCCUGCUCAAUUUUUACACCAAAACUACACGACCAAGCGUUUCUUUUCCAACUGCGACGAUUGUUCCGGUUGCGACCCGCCUGACGGGAAAACAAGUUCUCUCCUCACCGAGGCGGAAAAAGACCAGGGGAUUCUGCGCCACCUCCAUGACCCCCAGAAGAUUCCGAACGAAAUCAUCCAGGCCUUCUCUGAGCGGGGCGUUCCCUUCUUCUCCAUGUUCGGGCCACUGCAGGAAAAGCACCGGAAAAGGCUGUUUUAUCUGUCCACGGUCAAUUUAG